AUGGACUCGUCUACGCGUCCCUUUGCACCUUCGAGGCUCAACAAGACGACAGCCGCCGACUACUCAUCAUCAGCUUCCGAAUCCGAGGACGAGUACCGCAUCCCAGGUGUAGACCCGGAAGACGAUGACUUUGGUGACUUCAACCCCCGUAAGAAGCGUCGACUAGCGGACAGCAACAAGGAGAAGGCCGCGUUGGGUAUCUUUGCCUCGGACAGCGAGGACGAGGGACCCGGCAAGAAGUGGAAGAAGAAGAACCUGCGCAGCCGGGGCAUGAAUUUUGUAUCCAAAGGCGCCGAGCAGGCUGAGGGGAGCAGCGACGAAGGCGACGAUGACGAAGACAACCGGCCCGUGCUCGGAAACGGAUCUAUGAACCCGUCCUUGGACGAGAAAGACGAUGACGACGACGACGAAGAAGACGAGGACGAGGAAAGCAGCCGUGGUGCCGGCCUUGGGUUCGGCAGAGGCACAGGCGGGUCAGGCAUGCGGCCGCGGAUGACGUUUCAAAAGGCAGCCUCCGCCGACACCGCCCCCUCGCUACCCAAGACCAAGUUUGACGGGCCCGGUGUCCUGGGGCAAGGCUUUGUCCCGUCUUCUGCGCAUGAGCCCGUGUUGAAGGAUCCUAACGGUGGCAAGUCGCCCCCACGAAAUAAACCCCAGCUGAGCUCCUUUGGCGCUAAGAGCAAGGGCAAGGGCAAGGCGAUGGGCUUCGGUGCCAAGAUGAUGGCCAAGAUGGGUUACGUCGACGGCCAGGGUCUCGGUAAGGAGGGGCAAGGACGGAAUGUGAUUGUCGAGGCGAACCUGCGGCCCCAGGGAGCCGGUCUGGGAGCCGUCAAGGAAAAGUCUAAGCAGGAGCGUCAGGAGGAGAAGAGGCAGGCCAAGCUGCGCGGCGAGGUGGUCGUCGACUCGGAUGAGGAGGAGGAGAAGAGGCGGCGCAAGAGGAAGGCGGCGGCCAGGAACAAGACGAUUGCCGGGGCGUUUGACAGCGUCACGGGUAGCAGCACAUCGCGCAAGUCCAAGACCAGGUACCUCACGGCCGAGGAGCUCAAGGCCUCGGCACCGGGCCUGCACAUACCCGACGCAUUCACCCCGAUACUGGAUAUGACGGGCCCCGGCGGCAAGAUGCUCACGUCGGCCAGCGGCAUCAUGACGCCCGCGGCCGGCGGGGUUCCCGAAUCGACCGAGGUCAUCGAGGCUCGCAAGCUGGUCAAGCGCGCGCAGGCGGACCUCAUGGCCUUCUCGGAGGAGUGGCGCAGCCUGUCGGAGCGUAAAGCGUGGGUGGACUUGGAGCUGAAGGGGCGGGAGAAGGAGGUGGAGGACCUGCGGAGUGACUUUGAGAAGCUCCAGGUCUUCUCGGACCUCGUCUCGAAGGAGCUCGUAUCGGCUACGGAGUGGGACCAGGUCAUCGGGUGUCUACGGAAGCCCGUCGAAGCCGGGGCGGCGACGGCGGACCUGGUGGACAUCGCCGUUGCGGCUAUCCACCCGUUUCUACGCGAGGCUGAGUGGGACCCGCUCCGGGAGCCGUCCAAGUUCUCCACGGACCUCUCCAGCAUAUCGGGCCUGCUGAUCAGGUCGUCCGCCCCCGGAGCCGUGAGCAAGUGGGACACAGUGCCGGCCACGAACGAGGACGACGUGUACCGUGCACACCACCGGAAGACGACGCCCUACGAGAGCAUGAUGUACAAGAUCUGGCUGCCACGCGUGCUCUCAGCCAUACGAUCGUGGGACCCUCUAGAGCCCACAGCCAUGCUCACCCUGCUGGAGAGCUGGACGGACCUCCUCCCCCCCUUUGUGCGCGCACAGGUCGUAGACAAUGUCGUGCGCCGCCUCGAGGCCGCCCUGUCGGACUGGAAUCCCAAGAAGAGGAAGCAGCGGCAGGGCCACGACCUUCCGCAUACAUGGCUGUUUCCCUGGCUCCCCUAUCUGCCGGCAUAUCACCUCGAUCCCAAGGGAACAGGCCUCGUGUCAGGCGUCAAGAGGAAAUUCCGCCAGCUCACAGGCGCAUGGGAGUACGAGAGAGGCGUCGUCCCGGGACUGACGAAUUGGAAGGAGGUCCUGGGCGACGACGAGUGGCGGCGACUGACCAUGUCGCACGUCCUCCCCGCCAUGGGACGCUACCUCCGGGCCAACUUCCGCGUCGACCCAGCCGACCAGGAACCCUACCUGCCUGCGCUCACGGGCGUGCUGAAGUGGGAAGGCGUUCUGGGGAAGCGGGCGCUCGCAGAGGUGCUGGCGCAGAACGUGCUGCCCAUGUGGAAUGCCAAGCUGGAAGAGUGGCUGGCACUCGGGGCCGAGGCGGAUCUCGCAGAGGUGGCGGAGUGGUAUGGCUGGUGGAGGGGGGUGCUCCUCAAAGACUUUGCUACGUCCGAGGAGGUUUGUGGUGAGCUGGAUAAGGGGCUCAGGGCUAUGAAUGUGGUAUGA